AAUUACAUUAACGUUAGAUCUAUUAAGAGGUAUUGCACUAAUUAAGUUAUUAAAGAUGCUAUAAAUAGCAAGUUAUGCGUAUUACGAUAUUAUUGUAUUUUGGAUGUAUUAACGCCAAGGUCGCCAAAAAAAAAACCAGGAUUUCACAUCACCAUGAAAAUUUUCGUCGUGUUGUCCGCCUGUGUCGCGGUGUCCCUGUGCGCAGCUAUCCAGGAAGAUGACAAGUCUGCACUGGCUGCGUUGAGACAACUGCCUGCUCUCGAACAUGAGGAAGUCCACGACGACCUCGGACAGUACUCGCUCCAUUACGUCACAGCGGAAGGUACCCGAGUAUCGGAACGUGGUCGCCUCAUCCCCACUGAAGACGGCGGCCAAGUUCUGAUCACCGAAGGCGAGGUAUCUUACGUCGGAGGCGAUGGAAAAACGUACACCACCAAGUACACUGCUGGACUCGACGGCUAUAAGGUUGAAGGAGAUCAUUUACCCAAACCUGUUGAGUUGGUACCUGCACCUGCCGCGUCUUCUUGAGGAUAAUUUUCAAAGUGAAUAAAUACUGAAGAAACAA